AUGCAGCCGUCUCACCUUUCCGACACUGCGAAUCGUGAGGUCCAGCCCGGCGACCCCGUCUGUAUAGGUCGCGGUAGCUUCGCCGCGGUGUACGUGAUUCCGAUCCUUGGUGCUCCGUUCGCAUACAAGCAAGUCCAUCACAGCGACACGGACUCUGAUGCCCUUCUGCACGAAUAUCGCGCCUUGGUAAAACUAUAUUCUAUCUGCGACUUGGAUUCAUUCUUUGUGCUUCCCCGUCCACUCGGUUUCUUCGACCCCAACACAAAGCAGUUCUUGUCUUCCACGCCAUCCUCGUCCUCCUGGCCGCGUGGCCGUCAUGAACGUCCCCUGAUUAUGCCGGAUGCAUUCGGUCCAUUCACGGGGGCGACGUAUGCUAUGGAACGAGUCUUUGCUUUGCCCUUGGUCGCCGCCCGAGUCAUAAGAGAGCAUUUCUACGGUCUUGCUGCAGCUUCCGUUCGUGCCGGGCCUACUCUGUGCAGGCUAUAUUUCGGCAAGGACUUCACAAAUGCUCCCCAAUCUCGAUUCGUUAACACCGCUAACUUUCCUCUGGAUGUUGCGAGGUAUCGCCUUUUGACGGAGCGAGUGCCCGGCCUGGAGACAGCAGAGCAGGUUGCCUUUGGCAUGGGAGAGAUGCUGGGCCGUAUACACUGGCAUGGGUCCUAUGAUGCUCGGGACGUCGAGUUCGUGCUUGGAGGUGAUGGAAUCAGUGGUUUCUGCUACUUCGUCAUUGACUUUAACCAGAUGCGUACUUGGAAGAAGACUGUCGAAGAGCUCGGGACCCUGGUUUCAUCAUUCUUCGCCAAUGACCCGUACUACCCACGCCCUAGACCUUCGGAUCCCCUGUACAUGGCAUUCAAGAACGGCUACUCGUCCGCGUACUCCUCUCAGGCCGGCUGCCAUGCCAUCGACACCGCAUUCCUCCAUGACAUUGAAAUUGAGCAAGCUCGGCGUGAUCGUGCUGUAUCUGGUACUCAGUAG